AUGGUAAAGGUUGAGUUUAUCAAAAUCCCAAUUCAAUCUGAAAUCCAAAUUUGUAUUAGUUCUAUUGUCAAAAUUCUCGAUUCAUCUUUUCAAUUUAUCAAUCAAAUAUUGUGCAGAGAUGGAGAGAUUUCACUCAAUGAUUUAGAGAGAAUCAAAGAACACUGGUUGAUCAUUCAAACAUCAUCUUCAUUCACACUACUCAGUAAAUUGUUGGAAAUCAAAAUUGAAGAAGUUUAUUAUUCUCCAAUUAUUGAUUUAAUUGCCAAAUAUACAAAUGACAUCCUUAAUAAUCUAACUGAUCCAAAUAUUUUGGUGUUUUCACUCCAAAAGGUUUCCCAACUCCAAAAUUUAGAUUCAAAUAUCAAUGAUCAAACUUCUAAUUCCUAUCGAUUAGCACUUCGAACAAUUAAUCAUAGAGUUACAUCAAUGAAGGAAAAUAUUAUUUUAUCACUCAAUACAAAUUGUGAUCAAUAUGUUCUUCAAAAAGUAUUCAAACAGCUUUGUGAAAUCAAACUACUUUAUCCUUUGGAUUCAUAUUUUUCAGAACCUAUCUGUAAGAAUAGUUAUCUCCAAACGAUUGAAGAAAUUCGUAUUUUCAUUAAAAAUGUUGAAGAUUUAAUUGUAGAUUCAAUCACUCAUAAUGAAUAUAAAUUUUCAAAUUCAUUCUCACAAUCAAUUCAUUUUCUAACCAGAUACUUUAUAUUUGGUGAGAAUGCAUCCGAAGAAGAACAACAACUAAUUAUAUGUAUUCAAAAUACUAAGGAUCAUAUUAAGGAUUUAGUUUCAAAUAUUGUUAUCUUCAAUCUGGAUAAUAUCACAAAUGGACAUUGGUCAACACUUUCCAAACAACUUCAAACUCUUGAAAUAUUCAAAUAUAAUCAGAUUUGUUCCACUUCUUCUACAAUUAAGACCAUAGAAUCAAAGAUUGUAGAACAUUCUACAACUAUUUGGGAACAAACAUCAAAGUAUUUAUCAUUGAAUGAUUAUAAAUCAGCUUAUGAUGGUCUAAAUCAACUUCAACGAGCACAGAAAUUUGAUAAUAUCAAAUCAAUAAUCAGUGAAGAUAGAUAUUCUGAAAUAGAAGAAACACUUCGUCGUUCUGUUACCAAUUUUCUUUCAAAGAUGAGAUCGUUCAUUGACAAUGAGAAAUUUAAUGAAUUCAGAACUCUUCAACCACAACUCAACUGUUUGGUCGAUCUUGAGAAUCCUUCAAUCAACACUUUUGUUAUUGAUAUUAAUACCCAAUUUAGAGAGUCUCAGAAUGAUAUGCUAAGAUCGUUGGAUGGUAAGAUUAAUUCAAGAGAUUUCUCAGGUCUCAAAGACAGUUAUCAAAAUCUUCCAGAAGACUCGAAAGUUCGACUUCUCAGUCAUAUUAUAGAAGUUAUUAGACAGGACGAACAAAAGAUAAUGGGAAUAAUAGGUCAAAUCGAACAAAUGAAGUUGAAUGAUGAAUUUUCAAAAUCAUUAUCAACAUUCCAUCGGGCAUCAAUUUUUUCAUCAAUUCUCCCACAAGAAUUUAAUUUUGAGAGAAGAUUGAAAGCUAUAGAAGUUUCGAUCAUCAAACAGAUUAAACUUGUUGUUGUCACCCUCAAAACCUCAGUAACAAAUCAUGAUUUCAAUUCAAUCCAUCAAUACUCCAACUAUAUCAGAACUCUAUGUCAACAAUUAAGAUAUUGUUUAUCUAAUGGAGAUCAAAUCACUGAAAUAUUGCAACAAGUGGAAUCAAUUGUCACCGAAUCACUUGUCAAUAUUAAUGAAAAGAUGUUUGAAGAUCUAAAGAGAUUUUCAGUAACUACUAUCAUUGAUAGUUUAAAGAAAGUUAAAAACAACACUUUAUUUGAUCUUAAACUUUUACAAAUUGAGAACUUUUUCUCCUCUCAUAUUGUAAAGAAAUCAGAAUCCAUUAAAAAGAUGAUAAAGAAUGGUCUUAUCUUGGAAGCCAAAGCUGAAGUAAAAAAUAUUGAAAUUGAAAUUCAAUCAAUUUCGAAAUUUAUAUCAACCACUGAAGCAUUUUCAAAACUUGAAGAAUUGAAGAGUUUUCUUUCAGAAUCAGAAAUAUUAAGAUUAAAGAAUAUUACUACGAUAAUCAAAUCUGGAAAUUUCGAAACUAUUGUUGAAACAGAUUUGGAUACUCAAACUGUAGAGAAACUUAAAGAAGAGACUCUUAAUCGAAAAUCUUCAAUUCAAAAAGAUCUUUCUCCACCUCCGAGAUUUGAACAAGUGGCUGUGGAUCUCAAUUGGCUUAUCAAUAUGUGUUCCAACUCUAUCAUUCCAAAGAAAUUAGGAAUUUCUCAUCAAAAUGAUAUUGAUAAAUUUAAGAAAAAAAUCUUAGAAAUUGUUAGAAGUACUGUCAAUAAUAUCGCUGAGAAUCUAAAGUGUGAUAAUAUUCAAAAUAUUAACAUCGAUCACUAUUAUUUAAUCAAAACUCAUUUAUCACAGUUCAUCAAAGAUUUCAAUGUAAUUGAUAAACAAUUGAUUGAAUCAAUGAAAUCAUAUUUCAAAACAUUCUCUGAUAUUAUUUCAAGAAACAUUGAUAAUUGGAAGAAAGAUAUAAUUCCAUUUGAAAAGAAUGCAAUUUCAGAUCUUCAUUCGAAACUCAACACCCUCAGAAACAGUGAUAUUUCCUUUUCUUCAUGUUUAUCUUUGGUAGGAAAAAUUCCAACCUAUUCAGUUUCUAUUCAUGAGUUGAAAUCAGAGAUUCAAGCUCGUAUGCUAUCAUUUUCACCCGAUUUGGAUAGUUCAAAAUAUGAGAAAUCAGCAUCCACCAUUCUUCUAGUUUAUGAAGUUUAUAAUCAAUUAAACACUCAUAAUAUUGUAUCAAGUAAAGAUCAUCCUCUAUUAAUUGGAAUUUUACAUACCCAUAUGGAAAUGUUAAUAAAAGCUGCAAAUGAAUAUUGGAACUGUGAUGAUCUUGGAUCUUUCAAUCAAACUGCAAAAAGAGCCACUGAUUUUCAAAAUCAUUUCAAUCAAAAUAGAUUUCCUCAAGACUAUUCCGAUAGAUCUCCACUUCUCAAAGAUUGUGUUAAUAUAAAUAUUAAACGAGUAUUGGAUCUUUAUAUUAAUAUCAAUGGAUUAGGAAAUAUUCAACAACUUGGGAAGGAACUUGAAAUCUCUGGUCGUCUCGGAAAAGAAAUCAUUUCUGAAUUUAAUCAAUUCGCUUCAUAUUCAAUUUCAAUGUGGAACACAAGAUCAUCAAAUUUAACUUUAGAUUACAUCUUGGAAAACAUGACAGGUGAUGAAAUUUCAAAGGAACUUUUGAAAUCUAGUUAUAAUUCAUUCUUGAUUCAGUAUCAGACAAUUGUGGAAAGAGAAGUACACAAAUAUCAAAAUGCUCCAAAGAACAUUCUAGCAAAAGCCAAUCUUAUUAUUGCCAAAAUUGAUACUAAUAUGGAAUCAGAAGCAUCAAGAGUAAAUGUCAUCAGUUUGUUGGCUCAUAUUUUUGCAAUGUGGACUGUCGUAAAAUCUGGUGAAUCAUAUGUUGCUCUUAAAAAAGAUGCAAAUGUAUUACUUCGUCCUCAUCAUGCUCAAGUAUUGGCAAUUAUGAGACUUCUUGGAAUCGAUAAUAAAGAAUCUUGGUUGAAAAAGAAAUUUGGAAGGACUACCAGAUCACCAUUAGAUAAUCAUCUCAUUGAAAUAUUGACUGGUGAAGGAAAAUCAAUCACACUUGCAGUUCUCAGUAUUCUUCUAUCAAAUUAUACAGCAUUUAAAGAUAUCUUUUCACUUUUUAACGUGACUGACAAGAUUACCUAUUCAACCUUUAGCGAUCUUUGUAACAGUUUGAUCGAAGAAGAAGGUGAUGUUAGAACUCUUACAAAUCAAUUCAUUAACAACAAACUAAAACCAUCUUUUAAAUCAAAGUCAGAAAAACCUACAAGAAUUCUUUUGAUCGAUGAAGUAGAUGUAUUCUUUGGUGAUUCAUUCUAUGGUAAAACAUAUAAUCCAUCAACUUCUAUUCAAUCAUUUUCAAUUAUUCAACUAGUUGAAUACAUUUGGAAGAAUCGUAAGAACAUUACAAUUUCUACCAUCUCUAACCAAAAUGAAUACAAGAAAGUAAUGGCUGAGUUCUCUGGACAUGAAACAAUUCUUUCUCAGAAGAUUUUCUCUAUGGUUAGAGAUGUCAACAGCUACAAUAUUCCAGCUUAUGAAGUUGAUAAAGUAAACCAGAGAAUUGGAUAUCGUGAUCAAGAUGGUAUUUCAUUUACAACAACCUACGGAUCAAAAACAGCAUUUGCAUACAUUGCUGAAUAUGAACUUGGUAAUAUCACAGAAGAGGUUAUGAAGAAUAAAUCUUAG